GCGCACUAAGACGCGAGAAGCUGCGAGACGACAGAAGUUGGCGUGGAUGCUAGACGUGGGCUUUCCUCGCAGCCAUGGGACCAUCGGGGUCUUCCACCCUCGACCUUCACUUUGGGACUUUGUGAUCGCAGGAUUUGCUCCGUUUUGCUGAGGACAUUUGGAUGCGGAGUUGGAAGGAAGGAAGGAAGGAAGUAAGGAAGGAAGGAAGCAAGACCCUCAUGUUUCCUCUGGUCGCCCCCAAGCUGGGACUCUUACACCUCCGGCGGCUCCUGCUCGGAACUCCGUGCGUAAAAGGCGCACUGAGGUCCGCAGGGGAGUAGAAGGAAGGUGGGCUCGACCUUCCUCUUCUGCUUCUUUUUUGGUUUUUGUCUUUUCCUCCUCUUCUUGUCGUCUUUUUGCCCCCCUCCUCCUCCUCCUCCCCUCCAUCGGCAGGACGCAGGUGUAUUUGUGAAGAUGUCGCCGCUGCCCUCCAGGUUCUUCUACCUGUGUUUACAUUUCCUGGUGCUCUACUUUCAAAUACAGGAGUCCCAGCAGAGCUCGGCAGACUUCAGGUUCUACAUCGAGAACCACACCAGGAUCUCUGACGACCUGAGCCGCAAACAGGUGCGCAUUUACCAGCUGUACAGCAGGACCACGGGCAAGCACGUCCAGAUCCUGGGCAAGAAGGUCAACGCCAACGGAGAUGAUGGGGGCAAGUAUGCGCUCCUGGUGGUGGAGACGGAGACGUUCGGCAGCCAUAUUCGGAUCAAAGGCAAGGAGAGCGAACAUUACAUCUGCAUGAACGACAAGGGCAAAAUCGUUGGAAGGCCCGACGGCAGGAAGCAGGAGUGUGUGUUCGUGGAGGAGUUCCUGGAGAACAACUACACGGCGCUGGUGUCGGCCAGGUACCAAGGCUGGUACCUGGGCUUCAACCGCAAGGGGCGGCCCAAGAAGGGCUCCCGGACCACCCAGCGCCAGCAGGAGGUCCACUUCAUGAAGCGCCCCCCCAGGGGCCGGGAGGACCCGCCGGAGGGGUUCCCCUUCACCACGGUCACCAAGCGGACACGAAGGGCUCGCAGACUAAAAGCCAGGAGGACUUGAUGGACAGGAAGAAGAAAUAAGAGCUUUUAUUUUUCUACUCUCGCUGGAUCCAAGGCAGGAAGCUGCUGGGUGACCUUCAGAGGUGACAGAAGAAUCAGCCAAAUGGGAUUUAUUUGCGUUGCCCCCGACGACCAGGACGCCAUACUUUCCACGUGGUGGAGACGCAGAGGAUUACUACGUCACUGCUGCUUGGUCCAGGAACGUCUUCAGUCAAAAUGUCUUCCGCUUCAUCCUUUUGGCCAUGAAGACUUCUUCUACCUCCUUCUUCUGUACUAACACCAUGACACACCAAGAAAAUAUUUAUUGUAAAUAAAAUGUCUUAU